UUCCGCGCUGGAGCAGCUACAGUGAGAAGAAUAAUGUCUCAGCUUCGUAAGCGUCAUAAGUGUGCUGUUGUAGGCUGUAAAAGUGAACAUAAGAGUCUUCAUGUACUCCCAGCAUCAGAGCCACUGAAGACGCAGUGGACACGUUUUGUUUUUGAAGCAAAUGUGCCCCAAAACAUACCAAAAUUCGUGUAUGUUUGUGCAAAUCAUUUUACACCGGACUGCUUUGUGAAUGAGGGUCAAUAUAAAGCAGGAUUUUCCAAAAAUUUGAUUCUCAAGCAUGGAUCAGUACCAACUGUUCGUGUUCCAGCUUUAUAUCCUGAAGAUGUGUUCAUCAUGAGAGCGCAGGUGGAUGUGAUCUGCUGUAAAUCAGUAGGAACUGAUCUGUCCAUGCUGGAUAUUGAUGAUUUCAUCACAGAAAUCUCUCAGCUGAAGAAAGAGGUGACGUCACUGAAGACAAAACUGAUGGAGAGAGAGGACAGGUUACAGGAGCUGGAAAAGGUUUCCUGUCAAUCUUCAGUGUGUGUGACUGAUGGGACCUCCACAGAAUGUCAGGAUUCAGUGUGGAGCGGCAGAGAUCAGUCCACACCACAGCGACUGCUGGACAAACUCUCUGAACAGAGAUCCAGAGACACACAGGACUCACAGCUCACUUUACUCUGUUCUACUGAUGGUAAUCAGGGUGAUCAAUCCUCCAUAAAGUCUCUGACUUCUGUCUGUAACACUGGAGAACAGCAGAUGCUGCAGAUACCAGUGAAGAUUGAAGUGAAGCUGCUGGAGAUAAAAGAAGAAAACACAGCAGAGGAACAACAGAGAGAUGAAGAUGAUGAUGAUGAUGAUCAAACCUCCACAGAGUCUCUGACUUCCGUCUGUAACACUGGAGAACAGCAGAUGCAGCAGACACCAGUGAAGAUUGAAGUGAAGCAGGAGGAGAUAAAAGAAGAAAUCACAGCAGAGGAACAACAGAGAGAUGAAGAUGAUGAUGAUGAUGAUGAUCAAACCUCCACAGAGUCUCUGAUUUCUGUCUGUAACGCUGGAGAACAGCAGAUGCUGCAGACACCAGUGAAGAUUGAAGUGAAGCAGGAGGAGAUAAAAGAAGAGGAACACAGUGAUGAAGAUGGUGAUUUUAUUCCUUCAGAGCUGAUUGAAGUGCAAGAAGAAAGUCAAGAGCUGAAUGAAGUGGAGGAGAAACUUCAGUAUCAGAAACAUCAUGAUUUCACAACUGGAGAAAAAUCUCAAAGUUUCUCAAAGACUAAGAAGAAAAAAUUAGAAAAAAAGCCUAAAAGAAAAGCAGCCAAAAAUACUUUUCCCUGCUCUCAGUGUGGACAACUUUUCACAUUUCAAAGCCAACUUAAUAUACACAUGCGAGUUCACACCGGAGAAAAGCCUUAUACAUGUCUUCAGUGUGGAAAAAGUUUCACACGUAAAUACUAUCUUAAUGUGCACACAAGAGUUCAUAAUGAAGGAAAGCCUCACACAUGCCUUCAGUGUGGAAAAAGUUUCAUAGCUAAAGGACACCUUAAUGAACACAUGAAAAUUCAUGAAGGAGAAAUGCCUUACACGUGCCAUCAGUGUGGAAAGGGUUGUCAUUAUAAAGAUCAGCUAAAUAAACACAUGAGAAUUCACACUGGAGAGAGGCCUUAUACAUGCAAUCAAUGUGGGAAAAGUUUUGUAUAUGUGGCCGAUUAUAAGAAUCAUCUCCACCAUCACUCUGGAGAAAGACCAUUUGAAUGUGAUAAGUGCGGUAAAACAUUUGUUCUGGCAGCGUACCUAAAAAACCACCUGAAACUGCACACAGACGAGAAGCCUUACAAUUGUUCUUUUUGUGGAAAGAGUUUUGCAAACCUGUCCUAUUUUAAAGAGCAUCAGAAAAUACAUACCGGUGUGAGGGCUCAUAUGUGCUUUGAAUGUGGAAAGGCCUAUAUUACAGCCGGCAACUUGAAACAGCAUCAAAGAAUCCAUACCGGAGAGAAACCAUACAAGUGCUCACACUGUGAAAAGAGUUUCACUCUGUCACAUUACCUGAAAAGACACGAGAGAAUUCAUACUGGAGAAAAACCGUACAAGUGCUCACACUGUGGAAAGAGAUUCACUCAGUCACAAAACCUGAAAAAACAUGAGAGAAUUCAUACUGGAGAGACACCACACCACUGCUCUUCAUGUGGGAAAAGUUUCAGCACAGCAAAAAAUCUAGUGACCCAUGUGAAAAGUUUUUGCCCAGAGUAAUCACAGAGAGAAGUCCAUCCUUCAGGAAAAAUGCAACAAGUAGACAGGUUAAAAUUCAGAUGAUUGUUUUUCUCGAGGAGCAUCAUCUACGAAAUUUGUUCUCUAAAAUCAUCUGGCAUCUUGAAGUUUGUCCUUGUUCAACAAAGGAAGUUUAGGGGAGGUCAUUGUAUUAAUUCAGAAAACUUGUUAAUGCUUUACUGUUAUCACUGGACUAAAUGAUCAUUAUUACAGAAACAAAUGUAUAUUAAUUACAUUUUUGUUGUCUUAGCUGUUGACUGAAAAGAUUUUCUUGCACUGAAAUUUCGGUUUUAAUAAAGACUGACUUUAAUUUGUAUCUCUGCAUGCUUUUUCAACGCAAUAACUUCCAAAAGACGCACUCUGCAUAUUACAUCUCACAACAUCCCCCUUUUUUAACAUAAGCACCAAAACAUAUGUUAGAAACAUCAGU